AAAACAUAACGGAUAAUUCAUAGAGGUGGGGUUUUUCGGAUAAAUCCAUUAGUGCUGUUAACAGAUAUAGCCAAAAUAGCCAGACCAAUUUAUUGAAAAUUAUCUGUAGACUUUGUAAAAUUUUACUGCUAGAUUUUUUGAAAUACAAAUAUUUAAUUAGUUCGACUAAUGUCCAAAGAUAUGAUUCUAGUUAAAUAUAUUAUUUUGUUUAUAUUUUCUUGUAAGAGAUUUAAAUAAUUGCAAUGACGGUUUGAGUAACGAUUACCAUGCUGCAAUCAGUUCGAUAAAUCAGUAUCACCCUUAGCGUAUCCCUGUUAUUACCAAGUUUUUGCAAAUACCGUUUCUAAAUAUGAUAUUACAAAAGGAACUAAAUUGGCUGGCCAUUUUAAUCACUUUGUUUGCAGUCUUUGCAUCGGCUCAAGAAGAUGCUGAUUAUUGUGCAGAGCUUUCAACGCAGUCCUUGGCAAAAAUUCUGGGACAGGCAUUUAAUCCUCGGUACAUGAGUAUCGAUCCACCAGGUGAGCCCGAGGAGAAGAGCUACCAGUUAGGAUACAAGCGAUCGUCGUACGAAUUGCCUUUCUAUGCUGAUAGUGGUGCGGUUUCAGUUAGCCACUUUCCCGCAUGGGAGACUAACCACUUCGCGUUGGUGGAAAAGAAGGAGUCUUCGAGGAGCAAAAGUCUACGAACAAGAAGGGCGUUCAUGGAUCGAGUUGCACAUCCGCGAAUCGAUGGCUUCAAACAGCGACCAUGGGAAUGCUCUUCUAAGAUCAACUGGAUCGAUUUAGGCUUAAAUUACUUUCCACGCUAUAUCCGUUCCAUCGAGUGUAUUGCCAGAAAAUGUUGGUAUGAUCACUUUAAUUGCAAGCCAAAAUCUUUUACAAUAAAAGUUCUACGCCGUAAAACUGGCUCAUGCAUUCGAAUAAACGAUAAAUUGAUUUUGAUCACGGCAGAGAAAUUUGAGAAUGAUUACACGCAGCUCUGGAUUUGGGAAGAAAUAGCAGUUAACUUUUGCUGUGAAUGUGUUAUGCUAUACUAG